AUGUUACUAUCGCGCCCCGAUAUUAAGAUCGACAAAUAUGGUCGCUAUCGCAGGACGGCUUUGCACGAGGCAGCUGCAACAAGGCAUGACGAUGUCGUUCGAAUGUUGCUAUCACACCCAGACAUCGACGUCAACAAGCCUGACAUACGUGGCGAGUCACCUCUGUUUGGACCAGUCUCUCGUAGGUGUGACAAUGUCUGCCGAAUGUUGAUGUCACACCCAGACAUUGAUGUCUACAAAAAGAAUACUCAGGGCGAGAGUGUACUUCAUGCUGUGUGCAAAUGGGGUUGCAUAAACACCGUGAAGAUAUGCCUUGAAACCAACACAAUUGAAAUGGAAGCAAUAGACGAACACGGAGUCACACCACUAGCAUGCGCCGCCGAACUUGGCCGCACAGACAUUGUACGGAUGCUUGCAGCGAAGGGGGAAAUGUAA